AUGGAGUCUACCCACAGCAAGCCAUCCGUUCCCCCUUCGGAGCCAUCGCUUCGUUCCCGUCGACGACGUGCCAUCGAGGCCUGUUCGUUCUGCCGUAGAAGAAAGAUCAAAUGCAAUAAUGAACGACCUGUCUGCAUUAACUGUAAGACGUACGCACAGGACUGCGUCUAUGAGCCCAUUGGUAGUAAAGCUCGGGAGGCUGGCGAUACGCGCCAUAACCGGCCCAGGCACCGCAGGUCUCUAGAGAAGAGCGCCCUGAACGAUGGCAAAGAUGGACGCUCUCACCCAGGUCGGUUGCCACAGGGCGACGGUAGGGUUGACCAAUUGCAAGAGAUGCAUGAAGGAACAGCAUCUAGUAACCGUUCUAAUGGUGAUAUCGACCGAGGCGAUGCGACUGGGUCGUCUGAAGCUAGAGUGGCUCACAUUUUGGUUUCAGCAAACGGCGAGUCCAGCUAUCACGGCCGGACUAGUGCUUUGUUUGAAGAUCACUUUCAAGAUCGAUCAAUCGGGGCGGAUCAGCGCCCUCGAAUGCCGGAUGACUGGGUAGAGCGGGGCCUCGUCGCUGAAGCAGCAAAACAACGUCAGAUGGAACAGCUAAACUUCCGCCAGGCUAAGCUUGACUUUGAUGGUGUUGAUCCGGAUCUAGGGAUGCAUCUCCUCUCGCUCCACUGGAAUCGACAACAUCAUUCAUUUCUAAUAACAUACCGCCCAGCAUUCAUGAGAGAUAUGGCUUGCAAUGGUCCUUACUUUUCCAAGCUACUUCUAAACGCUAUCUACUUUGGCGCGGCCAAAUUCAGCCCUAGGUUAGAGGUUCGCAAAGACCCAAACGAUGUCCGUACAGCUGGCUGGAGGUAUCGCGAGCGAGUCCGCGAACUCCUAGGUGGUGCACUAGAUCAUAGUGAUAUCACAACAAUUCAAGCACUACUUGUAAUGACAAACUCACUCUUUGCUCUCGGAGAUGAAAGGAGUGCCGCAUGGCUGUACUCUGGUCUGGCGUUCCGCAUGUUGAUUGACAUGGGAAUGCAUGUUGACUUGACUAGUACGCACCGAUUUUCAGACGAGGAUUUAGAAAUUCGACGGCGGGUAUUUUGGGGUGCAUUUGUUGUGGACAAGAUCCAGAGCCUGUAUCAAGGCCGUCCCGUUAGCUUGAAAGACACAGACGCUCUUGUCCCAAUAAAGUUUCUGGACACCUACGAGGAGCUCGAGCAUUGGCAGCCAUUUGCCUAUACGACAUCAGCACCUGACUACCCUGGAAUGCCGGCGUACAGCAUAUCUACCUUCACGUGUCUGUGCAAACUCUCGCUCAUCAUGAGCGAUAUCCUAAGCAGUAUAUAUACGGAACGCAGUUCAAACCAAAGUCCCGCUGAGCUGGCAAGUAUGCUGGACGAACUGCAGCUGAGAUUGGACCAAUGGAAGGCAAGGUUGCCAGAACAUCUGCGGUUUGACCCUGGGAAAGCUCGCAGCGUGGCAUUCCCGCCGCCUCAUGUGUCCAGCCUUCACGCUAUGCAUAAUUCACUUGUCAUUCUGUUGCACCGUCCAUUUGUAGCAGACGGCCAUCUAUAUAGCACGUCUCCGUCGAUAUCUGUCGAUUCGUUCAUGAAGUGCGCCUCGGCGGCAUCAAAUACUAGCAAUCUGCUGCGUGCUUAUCACCGUGCAUUCUCUAUCAGACGAGCACCCUACCUGAUAUCGUACGCGACAUAUGUCGCUGCUACGAUUCUGACCCGAAUUGCGGCCAAACGUAGGCAUGACUCGAUAGCACAUGCCAACCUAGCGACCUGCCUCGCCGUCUUCAAGGAGAAUCAAGAGACGAACUCGGCAGUGAAGAAAGCGGCUAAUAUUGUACAAGGGUUGAUGAAAAGGCUUGGCGUCGUUAUUGACAAUAUCUCACUUGACGCUUUAGAAAUAGACCCACCGGUCAAAUCUUCCGAGCGAGAUCCACAGCCCAAUGACCGUGCUACUGAUGGCGAUGUCAGCGUCCAGCCGAGCGCCGGUACCGAAACCCACAAUAGUCUGACUAGUGGCAAUGUGACGGGAUAUUCAAACACCAAAAGUCCCGGUCAGCCGAUACAGUCCCCUGGAUCGGACUGGGUAGAUAUCGAUGGGAUUAUCCAGAGCUUUCUACAUGAGAAUAGCACCCGCGGAGCAAGACUACUUGAUUACGAGGCCAACGGAACCCCCACCCAGCUGUCUAGAGCACCAUGGAUGCCGCUGCAUCAAUGCGAUAUUCCUGCAACGGUGACGAUGGACAAUGCGCGGCACGUCGGAAGCCAGGCUUCUCUUCGUCCAGAUAUUGAUGUCACCAAUGGUGCGCAUCGAUCGGAGACAGCCAGUGGAACGUCUCAGUGGCAGUAUGGCUGGAGACCGACAAACUGCGAGCCUACAUCCCUAGAGGAUCCACUUUUUGGCUUGAAUGUUAGUGCCGCAAGUUCUCAGCAGAGCACUCGCCAAACCCAAGAAUAUUCCAAGUGGCUCCCUGGCGAUAUUCUGGCUGUACUGUAUCCAAAGACUUUGAUGCUGCCGGUACUUGCCCGACCUAAUCUCCCCGAUAUGGCUACUGAAUUAGUCACCAAGACGCGGCGGCUGAAGCGCCACGCGCUACCAUGUGUUCUCAUGCGCGCGGGUACCUCCAAAGGAAUAUUCCUGCACCAAAAGGAUUUACCGAUGAAGGAGGUUGACUGGGCUCCUCACUUGGUCUCUGCUCUUGGAUCUCGAGGGAACGACCCUCGACAGAUUGAUGGUGUUGGCGGAGGGACAUCAACGACGUCAAAAGUUGCCGUCGUUCGGCGCUCUCAAAGGCCAGACGCCGAUAUCGAUUGGACCUUUGUUCAAGUUGCUGUAGGCAAAGAGUCAGUAGACUUUACCGGUACUUGCGGCAACAUGACUGCGGGUGUGGCACCAUUUGCCAUCCAGGAAGGCCUGAUCAAGCCUCAGCGAGAACAGACCAAGAUGGAUGUAAGAAUCUACAACACAAAUACAGAUCGGAUAGUCAUCGAGACUGUCACACUCAACAGCUCAGGAGACUAUGAGGAGGAUGGCAACUUUAUCAUUUCUGGGGUCAAAACGCCUGGGAGCGAAGUCAAGUGCAGAUUUGUCAAACCCUUUGGCAGUAUGACUGGGAAGCUUUUUCCUUCCGCAGACCAGCAACAGCAGACACUCUGGGUGCAGCCACUCAUGCCCGGCCGUGAGCCCUUCGACGUUCGUGUAACACUUAUUGACUCGGCGAACCCUUUUGUCCUCAUCGAUACGACAUCAAUAUCGGCAACCCUUCUCGGAACAAAUCCAUCCGACUCUGAUCGGAAUGAUCUUGUAGAGUCCAUCCGCCGCGCCGGUGCAGUCGCGAUGGGGCUAGCAACAGACGUCGAAGCCGCCGGUAGGACUCGUGGUACGCCCAAAGCUGCACUCGUUUUCCCCCCAACGAUUACCCAAGCUGGCGGCAGCAUCAAGGCUAGGCCAGAUAUUCGCAUACAAGCCUACUCCAUGGGGUUACCGCAUCCAAGCCUACAGCUCACAGGCGCCGUGACAAUAGCCGUCGCAUUAAGCUACCCUGGUACAAUCGUGGCGGGUCUCUCCGCCAUGGGUUCUAUCAUGCAUGGGACGUUGCCACCGACUCCCGCGCAGUCACCUCCACCUGACUACCAGAAAGAAGAGCAUUGUGGGUCGGGGCGCGAUGUACUAAUUGAACAUAGCCAAGGAACAAUCAAGGUAGAUGUGGAAAUGGACAAUGGCGGAGAAGUCGCUAGUUGCUCAGUGUCGCGUACUGCAAGGAGGUUGUUUGAGGGGAAAGUUAGGUAUUAUAUACAGGAGGAUGAGUUGUAG